AUGGCGCAUUCCAAAGUGAUCAUCAUCGGCUCCGGCCCCGCCGCCCACACCGCCGCCAUCUAUCUGUCGCGUGCAGAGCUGAAACCCGUUCUCUAUGAGGGUAUGCUUGCCAAUGGCACUGCAGCUGGUGGCCAAUUGACCACGACGACGGACGUUGAGAACUUCCCCGGGUUCCCCGCCGGCGUUGGAGGUAUCGAGCUUAUGACCAAAAUGCGUGAGCAAUCCGUUCGAUUUGGAACCGAAAUCAUCACAGAAACCAUUACAAAGGUGGACUUGUCCAGCCGGCCUUUUAAGCUGUGGAAAGAGUGGUCUGAUGGCCCCGACGAUGCGCCCGCACACACCGCAGAUGCCCUCAUCAUUGCUACAGGUGCCAAUGCGCGCCGGCUAGACCUCCCGGGCGAGGACAAGUACUGGCAAAAUGGAAUCAGUGCUUGUGCUGUGUGCGAUGGUGCGGUGCCUAUUUUCCGAAACAAACCCCUCUUCGUGAUCGGUGGAGGAGACUCCGCCGCCGAAGAGGCCAUGUUCUUGACCAAGUAUGGUAGCAACGUCACUGUGCUUGUGCGCAAGGACAAACUACGAGCUAGCAAGACCAUGGCUACCCGAUUAUUAAACCAUCCCAAGGUCGUGGUCAAAUUUCACACUGUAGCGGUGGAAGCUCAGGGUGAACCCGGGCCCCGCGGCUUGAUGACCCAUUUGAAGGUUAAAAAUGUCGUUUCGGGUGAAGAGGAAGUUCUUCCUGCCAACGGACUGUUCUAUGCUGUUGGACAUGAACCCGCUACCUCUUUGGUGAAAGGCCAAAUUGAGACCGACUCUGAUGGAUAUAUUGCCACUAGACCAGGCACUAGCUACACGAGUGUUGAAGGUGUGUUUGCUGCAGGAGACGUUCAAGAUAAGAGAUACAGACAAGCCAUCACCAGUGCAGGAUCUGGCUGCAUUGCUGCCCUGGAAGCUGAAAAGUACAUUGCUGAUUUAGAGGAUAUCCCUGAACCUGCCGUUGCAUCUACCAUCCAGCAAUCGGCGACCCAGGAGGAUCAUCAAAAAGAAGAAAAUGCACCCGCUUCGCUGGAAUACAAAUCUAAUCCUUUACUCUAG